AUGGCAUUCACAACAUCUCAUGGUGAGGCUGAAGAGUAUGGUCCACAUAGGCCUAAGAAGAAAUCAGGAGACACGCUUGUCGAUAAAGAAAGAAGUGAAUGGACAAUGGAAGAUAAGAAAUUGAUGAAACCAAAUGAAUGCAUUUCUGAUAUGUUUGCUCGUCUAACCACCAUUUGUAAUGAAUUGCAAAGUCUUGGUAAAGUGUACUCAAAUGCAGAUAGAGUUCAAAAGGUACUAAGGAGCUUACCAAAGACAUGGAAAGACAAAGUCACCGCAAUCCAAGAGGCAAAGGACUUGCAGACCUUGAAGUUGGAGGAACUCAUUGGGAGCUUAAUGACACAUGAGAUUGAGCUAACGAAGUAUGAAGAAGAGGAUGAGACACCUAGAAGAAAAGGAAUAGCACUUGCUGCUAAUUCGGAUAGCUCAAGUGAUGAAGAUGAGGAGACACAAAUUGCAAGAAAUUUCAGAAAGUUUAUGAAAUUUCAGAAGCAAGGAGGCUUCAAGAGCAAGGGUAACUUCAAGGGUAAGAAAAAUGAACUAACAUGUUUUAGAUGUGGCAAAACAGGUCACUUGAUUGCUGAAUGCCCAAAACCUUCAAAGAAGAAGUUUAAAGGAAAAGGAAAGAAAGAGAAGAAGGCCUUUAAAGCUACAUGGGAUAACACUAGCUCAGAUGGCUCAUCAAGUGAAGAAGAGGAAGAUCACACACCCAAAUUGUGUUUAAUGGCAAAAUCGGCUGAAGUCUCAUCUAGUCAAGAUGAGGUAGUAAGUGUUUCUGAAUCUCAAUGUUUUGAUUCAUUAUCUGAUGCAUAUGCUCAAUUAUGUGAAUUUCAUGAAUCUCUAAUGCUUAAAUACAAGCUAGCUAAAAAGGAAAUUUCUAGACUAAAGAAAGUUGAAAAGGUGCAUCUGCAUGAUUGUGUAGAAUUGAAGACUAAGCAUGAUGAUUUAGAUAUUACAUGUAAUGAUCUUGCUGGUAAUAUUGAUGAUCUUGUGAUGGAAAUUAAAGCACUUAAAGAACACACAUGUCAAGGCAUAACUGAUUUACAAUUACAAAAGUUACGUGAAUUUGAUGAAAUGCAAGAAAGAGUAAAAGAGUUAGAUAGUGAAAUACUGUCUUGGGAAGAGUAUGAAUCCAAAAUGCUUGAUAAACUCACAAAUUUGAAAUCUGAAGUAGAAAAUCUAAAUGAAAAGAACCAAUUGCUUGAAAUGAAAUUCUCACAAUUUUGUACAAGUUCUGAAAAAUUGGAUUUGCUAUUUUCUUCUCAAAGGCAUUAUUUGGAUAAGAGUGGAAUUGGAUAUGAUCCAAUGAAGCUAAAUGAGAGUCUAAGUGGCACAAGUGCCAUGGGUAGAACCUCUAUUGUGGCUGCCCAAAGGGCCAAGCUCCUAAGAGCUAGGGUUUCACACCCAAGGCCAGGUGUAUUUAAAUUGAAAAGGUAUUGGGUAUGCUUAAAAACAGAAUUCAAGAGUGGAGAAUGGUAUCUUGAUAGUGGAUGUUCUAGGCAUAUGACUGGAAAUCCAACCAUGUUCACUACCUUCACUAAAAAGAAACAUGGUGGAAACAUCACAUUUGGAGAUAACUCCAAAGGUAGAAUUCUUGGAAAUGGUUCCGUAGGUAAUUCUUCCUUUGCCAUAGAUGGUGUGCUGUAUGUGAGUGGUUUAUCAUUUAAUCUCAUUAGCAUUAGUCAACUAGCUGAUAAAGGAUUUGUGGUAAAGUUCAAAAAGGACAAAUACUUGAUUAAAAAUAAGUUAAAAGAAUUGGUAGUUGCUGGUUCUAUAAGUGGCAAUGUGUAUGUUAUUGAUUUUGAAUCUUUAAGUAGUAGUUUAACUUGUUUGAUUGCUUCUAGUGAUUGUGCAUUACAUUGGCAUAGAAGAUUAGGUCAUAUUGGCAUGUCAACUUUGAGAAAAUUUGCAUGCUAG